UGGCAGCAGUGUGCUUAGCGUGUAUGCGAUUACCAAAGAAGAAGAUUGUACAGGAUAUAUUCUGCACUAUAAACAGGAAUGGAUAAAGUCAUAACCUGUUUCAACAAGUGCCCAGAUGCUCUGGUCCGUCUCAUCUGUUUUCCCUGGGCAGGUGGAGGCUCUAUCCAUUAUGCUCGCUGGACCAAAACUCUCAACAACUCGAUUGAAGAUAACUCCCCUAUUAAAAAACGGGGUGUGGUUUUGGAGCUAUGACCUGCUUUGCUUUUGCCGAGCACGUAAACAAGGUCUACAAUCUUGAGCCGAUCCACAUGUUUCUCUCUGGAGCCUCUGCACCAUAUUCUGAGGCUAGACUGCAAGCACCAAGAAGAAGCUAUCUGUCAGAUAAAGAGUUUCUUGUGUGGGUAACUUCUAUUGGAGGCACACCACCAGAGAUACUGGCCAAUGCUGAGCUCGCCAAACUCUUCUUACCUGCUCUGAAAGUAGACCUCUUUGUAGCGGAAAAUUAUAGAUGUAGCAGACCGUCAACACCCAUCCUGUCAUGUCCAUGCUUUGACGGAAAAGAGGAUGCACCCCAUGACUUACAAGCUUGGAAGGACAUGACAAAUGGUGACUUCACUGUGCAGAUGCUUCCUGGAUCUCAUUUUUACUUGAAAGAAGAAGCAAAUGAAAAAUAUGUACUGGACCACAUCACAAAACAUCUUGAGACAGCAGAGAUGGACUAUCUAUAAAAACCCUGCCUUUCAUUAUUUAACUGCAAACAUGAUACAUUUAUGAUAUAACAACAAAUGUAUUCUGAAUUUAUAUUUGCUAAUGGAACACAUUUUCUUGUGACUGUAAAAAAAAAAUCUGAAUAGACACAGAAAAUAAACCAAUUAAUGCCAAAAUUAAUCUGUCCAUUAAUU